AUCAACAGCUCACACCCUAUACCAAGAUCAGCUCAGAAUGGGCGAAUGGGCUGAAUAUAAGGAAGGAAAUUAGAAGUGAAUUAGGUGAGCACAGAAUAGUAUGAAUGUCAGAUCUUUGGGAAAGGAAAGAUGCUAUUGGGUUUUCAAGUUUCUGUGUGGUCACAUUAAAAACAACAACAACAAGGGAGUGUUAAUCUCCUUUUGAAAAUCCCCUCUGUGAUCCUUUUGGGAGAGGAGGGUUUCAGAGGAUUGACAUGCCUAGUCAGAAACUUGAAGACCCUUUAUUUAGCAUGGAUUGCAAGGAAGUUCACACCCCCAGAGAAAGGAAGUUCCCAGCCUGAGAGAUAGUAAGUUCACACCCUGAGAGGGAGAAAGUUCACACUGUCAGAGUUAGGAAGUUCACACUCCCAGAGACAUGGGAGAACUGGUAGGUGGAGAAAGGGGUUCAUUAUAAAGCCAGAGCAGAGGGCUGGAAUUGAGCUUUUGGUUGGUGACUCUGGUUGAAGCAAGAGUCUUGUGCUGGUGGCCCUUGCUGAAGGGACUCUCAGCCUCCGAAGAGGAUUCCUGAGUUGGUGGCUAGGGCUGAAGGAGACGCUUAUUCUGGGGACUCUUGUGCUCUUCUGACUGGAGAUUGGAACUUUGUUGGAGGUGAACUGGAUUUCUUCAGAGAAGCCCUUAGGGCAUUUAGCUCAACUGCUCCCUACCUCCAAAAUCCCUUUUCCGGUACCCUCCUGCUCCCAUCCACCCUUGAGGUGAUUUGAGUAUUGGAGUGAGGGUCCUUGGUUCAGAACCCCAUUUUUGGGGGGUGGGGGCCUGAAUAAGGCCCCAGGUUGCCUCAGAUUCUGAGUGUUGUGUGUGUGUGUACACAUCUCUUCAGUUUACAAAGAGCCAGAUACUUCAGAGUGUCCCGUCUCAGCCCUGAGCCUCAGGAAACUUUUGGCACCAUGUCCGGUGUGCAUUAUAAAUUUUCCUCCCAACUCAACUAUGGGACCGUUAUCUUUGAAGGACCCCACAUCUCCGUGUGUGAUUUGAAGAAGCAAAUCAUGAAGAAAGAGAAACUCAAGGCUCCUAACUGCGAGCUACACAUCAGCAAUGCAGACACAAAAGAAGAGUACACGGAUGACAAUGCCCCGAUUCACAGGAAUUUCUCCGUUAUCGUAAGAAGAGUUCCUGCUGGAGGUAUUGUAGCUACGAGCAGGACACAUGUUUUAGAUCUAACUAAACGAGUGAGUAGAACCUCAAAAGCAAACCUAUCUCAUGACCUGAGAAGACAGUUUGAUAUGCCUAGUGGCGUUCCACGGGAGGCGAAAAAGGAAACUCAAAGGAAGACUGACUCUUCUGCAUCCGCUUCUGUGGCCCAGUUGAUCAAGUUUGCAAAUCUGACUGAAGCCGAUGCUUCUGAAGAAGACAAAGUUCAAGCGAUGAUGAUCCAGUCCGUCCACGAAUACGAUCCGAUCCAUUACACGAAGACACCUCCGGGGCCACCUCCACCAUCUUAUACCUGUUUCCGGUGUGGGAAACCUGGCCAUUACAUAAAGAAUUGCCCAACCAAAGGGGAUAAAGACUUUGAUCCGGUUCCCAGAAUGAAAAAGAGCACUGGAAUUCCUAGAAGUUUUAUGAUGGAGGUGAAAGAUCCGAACAUGAAAGGUGCCAUGCUUACCGAUACUGGAAAAUAUGUCAUCCCAACCAUAGAUGCAGAGGCAUAUGCCAGGGGGAAGAAAGAAAAACCACCUUUCCUACCAGCGGAAGAGUCGUCUUCGUCAGAAGUGGAGGACCCUAUCCCAGAUGAAUUGCUAUGUCUAAUCUGCAAAGCCAUAAUGACUGAUGCCGCUGUCAUACCUUGCUGUGGAAACAGUUAUUGUGACGAAUGUAUAAGAACAGCUUUGCUAGAAUCAGAUGGCCAUACAUGCCCAACUUGUCAUCAGAAUGAUGUGUCUCCUGAUGCUUUAGUUGCCAACAAAUGUUUGCGCCGGGCUAUUGAGAACUUCCAAAACAAAACCGGUUAUACCAAAGGGCUUCAAAAGCAAAUAUGCCCACCCCCACCUCCAAGGCCACCGAUUCAGCGGAACCUACUGCCACUGACCAGACCUCCACUUUCAAGACAGCAGGACCCUUUGAAGAUCCCAGUGACAUCUGCAUCUACUCAUGCUGCUACUGCUUCUGGAUCAUCAUCCAUGAGUCCUAAUAAAUCCUCUGCUGCACCUAUAAAGAAACCUUCUACUCCGGCACCAGUUGCCGAUGGAACUGCCACAGUGUCCAUAUCUGUCCAAGCAGAAAAACCAGAUGGGCCUUCCCGUGAUCCUGAUGACAAACUGAGACCUGCUGCAGCUUUGGUAUCAGAUCAUCCUCAAGCUUCUUCAUCAACAGCAAUUAGUGCACUAAGGGAAGAAAAGGGCUCUCGGGGACCUCUGCUUGGAACGCCUUCUGGGAUCGGGCAGUCCCUUUUGCAUGGACAGUUGAUGCCUACAACGGGUCCAGCAAGAAUAAAUGCUGCUCUUGUUGCUCCUGCUCCUGCUGCUGCUGCUGCUGCUGCUGCUCCUGCUGCUGCUGCUGCUGCUCCUGCUCCUGCUGCUGCUGCUGCUGCUGCUGGUAGACCUGUUUGGGAACCAAGCAUCAAUGGAGGGCAACACCUUGGUGAACAUUCCCAGAGGACUCAUGGCCCAUCACUACCAGGAACACCUGUCCCACCGCCUCCUUUGUAUCCACCACCGCCCCACACACUUCCUCUCCCUCCAGGUGUUCCACCACCUCAGUUCCCUCCUCAAUUUCCACCCGGGCCACCACCACCUGCUGGCUACAGAGUCCCUCCUCCAGGUUUCCCUCCAGCCCCUACAACUUUAUCAGCACCUUGGGUAUCCACAGCAGUACAAACCGCUCCUCCGAAUACCAUCCGGACAAUACAAGCUCUCCCCUUAUCCAGGGAAGAGUUCUACAGAGUGCAAAGAAGACUAAGAGAGGAGGAGAAGAGAAAGUCCAAACGAGAUUUUGCUAAGAAAUUCACGGACUACGAAAAGAUUCCAAAGGAGCGUCGACGCGCCUUUUCAAGAUCUAAAUCGCCACAUAGUGGCUCCUCUCGCUCAAGAAGUUCAUAUACCUAUUCUAAAUCGAGAUGUGGUUCCUCAUGUUGCCCUUCCCAUUCUCGAUCCUUUAGUCCUUCACACUGUCCAUACCCCAGAAGAGGCAGAGGCAAAAGUCGAGAUCGGCGUUCAAGAUCCAGGUCUCAUGGUUAUCACCGCGCCAGAUCGAGGUCGCCCCCACGUAGGCGAUAUCAUUCACGACCAAGAUCCCCUCCAGUGUUUAGGGGGCAGUCUCCUAACAAACGGAAUAUACCUCAAGGACAAACAGGUCACCGCAGUCCCAACAGAGGUGGCAAUUACCCGGAAAAGCUCUCAGCGAGACAUGGUCACACCAUGAAGGACAUUGCCACGUCAAAAGAGAAGGACCGUGAAAAUCCACCAGGAGAUGGAAAGGGAAGCAAACAGGACAAACACGGGAAGAGGAGACAGGGGGAGGAAAAUGAAGGCUUUCCUAACACAGAGUUGCUACAGCGCUCUAAAAAACGAAGGAAGUGUUAAUUCCCUUCUCACAAUCUGAAGUCUUCACCUGUGAAAUGAGCUGGAAAAGGCCAAAGCAAAUCAUGCACUACCUUUGCCAAGAAAACCCCAAAUGCAGUCAAAAGAGCUGGGCACAACUGAAAUAACCAAACAACAACAAUUCUACACCGUGACUCACUUCAGCAAUUGUAAAGAAGAGAAGGGUCCUUUCUAUUGAACAGAAGAUACUCCAUUAAGAAAUAUAAAUGUAACCAUUUGCACUUUAGGCAUCAAAGGACAUGAGGGUUUGUUGCUAGCCAUCGAUUAUCACGAACAAGCAGGACCAGUAGCAGGGCACUAACAAGUUUAGCAUUCGGUGUCGGAGCAAAAUCUAUUGGGCCUCAACUGAGAGAAAGGAGGUAGGAGUUGCAAUCAUGAAAUCUGAGAAAGCCAAAGUAAAAACGGAUAUGAUUAAAAGGGAUAGUGAAGGUAACUACAUCCUGAUAAAAGGCAGUGUCGACAAUGAGGAAAUAUCAGUAAUCAACAUGUAUGCACCAAAUGGUAGAGCAUCCACAUUUCUAAAGAAGAAACUAGUGGAGUUAAAGGAGGAAAUAGAUAAGUAAGCUAUACUAGUGGGAGAUCUGAAUUUACCACUAUCAGAUCUAGAUAAAUCAAAUUGAAAAAAAAAAAACUAAAUGAGAAAGAGGUGAGAGACGUGAAUGAAAUCUUAGAAAAAUGAGAGUCAAUAGGUAAACGGAGAGAAAUAUAUAGGGACAAAAAGGAAGACCCCUUCUUUUCAGCAGCACAUGGUACAUUCACAAAGAUUGACCACGUACUAGGGCAUAAAAACAUGGCAAAACAGUUCAGAAAAGCAGAAAUAAUAACUGCAACCUUUUGAGAUCAUAAUGCAAUAAAAAGAAUAAUCAGUAAUGGUACAUGGAGAGCCAAUUCAAAAACCAAUUGGAAAUUAAAUACUAUGAUUCUCCAAAAUCUGUUAGUUAAAAAACAAAUCAUAGAAACAGCUAGCUACUAAUUUCAUUGAAGAAAAUGACAAUGAUGAGACAUCCUUUCAAAGUCUGUGGGAUGCAGCCAAAGCAGAACUCGGGGGGAAAUUUAUAUCCUAGAAUUCAUAUAUUAACAAAUUAGGGAGGGUAGAGGUCAAUGAAUUGGACAUGCAAAUCAAAAAACUGGAGAGCAAAAAAUUGAAAACUCUCAGAUGAAAACUAAAUUAGAGAUCCUAAAAACUAAGGGAGAAAUUAAUAAAAUCAAAAAUGAAAGAAAGAUUGAAUUAAUAAAUAGGAAUAGAAGGUGGUAUUGUGGGGAAACAAACCCAACAAAAGAGACAAAGCACUGGUCAAUCGAAUAAAAAGAUAAACAAGAAAGGAAUGAGGAAAACCAAAUUCCCAGUACCAUAGAUGAAAAGGGAGACCUCACCUGUAAUGGAGUAGAAAUUGAGGCAUUCAUAAAAACGAAUUUUGCCCAAUUAUAUGGCAACAAAUAUGGCAAUGUGGGUGAUAUCGAUGAAUAUUUACAAAAAUAUAGAUUGCCUAGAUUAACAGAAGAAGAAAUGAAAUCCAGAAAUAAUCCCGUAUCAGAAAACAAAAUUGAACAAGCCAUCAAAGAACUCACUAAGAAAAAAUCCCCAGGGCCUGACGGAUUCACAAGUGAAUCCUAUCAAACAUUCAAAAACAACUAAUCCCAAUAUUAUACAAAGUCCUUGACAGAAUAAGCAAAGAAGGAAUUCUCCCAGAUUCCUCUCAUGACACAAAUAUGGUACAGAUUCCAAAGCCAGACAGCUUAAAAGUAGAGAAAGGAAACUAUAGACCAAUCUCCUUCAUGAACA